AAAGGAUUGGGUAAGUAAGGCUGGGGUCCAGAAUUGCGCAGAUUCGGAACAAACCAUGAAGGGACUUCUACGUCUUGCUGUGCUCCUAGCCGUGGGGGUUUUCUUCGCAAUGGCCAAACCUAGUCCACCGCCGCCGCCGCCUCAGACAGAAGAUUUACAAUUGCGCAGCUUUUUACGCGCACUUGAAAAUUACAUCAGCAAAAAGAGCGUUAAUACAGAUGGUCGAUUGAGGUCAAACGGAGGACAAGAUAACUCCUUAGAACGGGAUGAAUUGAGCCCGAGCGACGAAGAAGAAGCCGAGAGCCAGAGCGUGCUUAUCGGGAACAAAGAGGUCAAGCCGAAAAACCUCCACCCGAACAAAGAACAAGAGAAGGAUGACAGCAAGGACAAACACCCCCUACCCCCAGUCGUCGGGAUCAAAAAGGCUAUAGAAACUCGUAAUUUUGGUAUAUCCAAAAGCGUCCUGUGGCCAGGUGGCGUCAUACCGUAUGAGUUAUCUGCGGAUACUUUUGGUUCCAGAUAUAGCAAAGCUCUCGCCCUCGUGGAGAACACAGCAGCAAACAUUUCCAGGACAACAUGCGUAAAAUGGCGACCCAAAACUAGUGCAGACCAGUAUUUCGUCAAAAUCACGGGGGACCAGAAUGGGUGUUAUUCAUAUGUUGGCAACAUUAAACGGGAUAACGGACAGGAUCUUAACUUGGGGGACGGCUGCUUGGAUGAAUAUGUAGUACUUCAUGAAAUGCACCAUGCGAUGGGAGGUCUCCACGAGCAGCAGAGAAACAGGAGGAAAUACUUCGUGAAGAUCACUUGGGAGAAUAUCGUCAGUAAUUACAACGACCAGUACGCCCUCAAUAUGCAUACAAAGAACAACGAGGUGUACGACUACGCCUCCAUUCUACAGUACCACUUGACGGCAUUUACUUCAAACGGAAAAGCCACAAUGACCAUACCCGAUCAAAACCUCGAGUUUCUGAUAUCGGAGAGCAAAUACGACCUGUCUUUCUAUGACAUGGCGGAAGUGAACAAGGAGUAUGGUUGCCCUUCCGCAUCUUGCACGGUUUCCUGUCAGAACGAGGGUUUCCGGAUGCAGGCAUUGGACCAAUCCACGUGCCACUGCCAUUGUCCUUCCGGGCUCAAGGGCGCAACCUGUGAUGAACUCGAUACAGAUGCAGGGUGUGGUAAGACCAUAGUUCUUUCAAAUGGAGGUUCUGAGGAAAUAAGUAUGACGUCAUACUCUUCAGGCAAAUCAUGUACUUGGCUUGUCAAGGCAGAGUCCGACUCCCUGAUAAAGGCCACAGUGACCUCUGUUGACCUUCCCUUCAGUAGCCAAGACGACUGCUACCAUUGGAUAGAACUACGAUACUAUCUGAUAGGGGACAAAGGGAAAGAAAUAUGCGGUAAAUCUACGACACCGAGAACCUACAGUCAGACAAACACAGGAGAGGCGUCCCCAUUCCUGAUCCGAUUCAACAGCCAAAAGACUCACACACCCGGGGCAGGCUUCACCGUCAAAGUGGAAGCCGUGAAAUCAGGGUGUAUCAGUUCUCCCUGUAAAACAGGAUCUCUCUGUACCGAGGGAAGUGGUGACGGAUCGUACACCUGCUCCUGUCAAAAUGGCCUCUCAGGCAAAAACUGCGACGAGUUCAGAGCGCCAUCUUAUAACCUUUGUAACCUUGAAGAGGACUUUGGGACAUGUUUAUUUGACCAGGACCCAUCCUCAGACAUUCUGUGGAGUUUUAACACGAGGCUAUGUAGCUGGAAUGGCUGUUCGGCAGGAACGAUAACUCGUGGCAGUGGGUAUCAGUUCCUUACGAUGACUCCAUACUAUGAUAGCGUCCAAUGGGAUUACGGGUCUAAGGCUGUUCUCAAAACCACCGCUAGAUUUACAGCUGUUGACCGCUGCUUGUCGUUCGUUUACUCUCUCGGGAGUUUCGAAGAUAGAGGCGUUCAAACCGAACUCAACGUGUACGUGGAAGGAACCGGAAAGACAAAAACUAAAGUCAAGAACCUGAAAACGACCACCAAUUAUUCCUGGAAGACGGAGACGGUGUCCAUAGAAGCUGUUGAGAACUUAGUGAUCAGCAUAGAAGGUGUCAUGGGACCUCAGCUGUUAGGAGUGGACAACAUCUCUCUCCGUCCAGGCCUCUGCACUAACACCCCCUGCAGUCCAAAUCCGUGUAUAAAUGGCGGAACCUGUGACGAAUCAAACCCGCCGACCGGAUCUAAGUACGUCUGUACUUGUCCUACAGGAUUCUCUGGAGAUCGCUGCGAAAACUCCCAAACUAGCAACCCCUGUGACAGCAACACGUGUCAGAACGGCGCAACCUGUGUUGCGGACGCAACCAAAACAGACGGAUACAGGUGUGAUUGUGCAACAGGAUUCACGGGAGAUAAAUGUGAAAUGACUACUAACCCUUGUAGCGGCAACACUUGUCGAAACGGUGCAACCUGUGUUGCGGACGCAACUAAAACUGAAGGGUACAGGUGUGACUGUGCAACAGGAUUCACGGGAGAUAAAUGUGAAAACAUAGUGACUACCAGCCCCUGUGAAGGCAACACGUGUCAGAACAGUGCAACGUGUGUUGCGGAUGCAACCAAGACUGUCGGCUAUAAAUGUAACUGUGCUGCAGGAUUUACAGGAGAUAAAUGUGAAAUCCCAGUGACUAGCAACCCCUGUGAGGGCAACAAUUGUCAAAACAGUGCAACCUGUAUUGCAGACGCAACCAAAACUGUUGGCUACAGAUGUGAUUGUGCAACAGGAUUCACAGGAGAUGAAUGUGAAAUUCAAAAUUACUGUGUAGAUUUCCCGUGCAAGAAUGGUGGAACAUGUACAUCCGGAAAAGUUACCUUUUCCUGUCAAUGCCCGAGCGACUACACGGGACCGACAUGUAACACGUCACUGACAACUGACCAUUGCGAUCCGCAUCCAUGUCAAAAUGGCGGGUCUUGUUUCUCAUAUUCUUUUGGCUAUUACUGCUCUUGUCCACCAGGCUUUUCAGGAGAUGAAUGUGAGAUCACCAUUCCAUCUGAUCACUGUUCGUCUUCUCCGUGUCAAAACGGCGGAAGUUGCGUCGAAACACCUGACGAACAAAACCCUUACAGAUGUGACUGUGAACAAGGUUUUCCCGGCCGGAAUUGUGAAGGUCGUGUCUGCGUGUUUGAAGAGGAUUACGACUCUGCAUGUUUCCUUGAUACUGACCCUUCAGCCUGGCAUAGAAGUUCGGCAGGAAGCUCAGUCACAGCAUUCGAAGGACAUCACUACCUGUACCUUGAUACAUCUUGGCUAUCCUCUUGGGAUAACAACUAUUUCUAUGACAAAAACAUUGCCUUUGAAGAUAAAGACUAUUGCUUGACCUUCGCCUACUACAUGAGUGGAGAGGACGUGGGGGAUCUGAUGGUGUUUACCUACAAGGAUGACUACCAAGUGCAUUUCAAGAAACAAGGAACGCAGGGAAACCAAUGGCACAGGGCUCAUCUGGACAUCCAUCUGGACCAGGAAACCUUUAUUGGGUUUCAAGGCACCGAGGGAAGCUCAGGCCAUUAUUUCAUAUGGAGUAACAGUUUAAUAGCGAUGGAUGACAUUAAACUGAUGCCAAAUCGAUGUCCUUGAACUUCGUAAAGAGGUCAGAGGUCAAACAAAGCCGUCAAGACGACCAUGAAUAUUAUAAUAUACAUAUGAACAUUUCCUCUGUCAUUUGCUUUCAUAUUAUAUUAAUGGAUACAUGUACAUUGCAUAAUUAUCUUCGAUUACAUAAAUUGAGUGAGCAUUU